AUGUCCGGCAUCCUCCACCGGCCGGGCGUCCGCCUCACUGUCGGCCUCACCAAGCUCUGCUGCGCCUGGCACCUGUUCGCCACGCACGGGUUUCAGGUCGGCCCGGCCGACGGGCCCUCAAUGCUGCCCACAUUUUCCACGUACGGCGACUGGAUCGGCACCGACAAGCGCUUCCGCCGCGGCCGCGGCGUCCGCGUCGGCGACCUCGUCCUCUACAAGAUGCCCUUUGCCGCCCACGACAUGGGCGUCAAGCGCGUCGUCGGCCUGCCGGGCGACUACGUCUCUAUCGGAACUCCUGGGCAGCCGGGGGAGGAGAACAUGAUUCAGACGGCCACUGUUGGAUUGUUGGAGACAACUUAG